UGAAGAAGGUGGGGAGCUGUGAUGGGGCAGGGCUGGGUGGGAGGAGUCCACAGACAAAGCCACAGAGCACACAAAGCCCAGAUCCUGUGGGGCUCUUGUCCUCCUCAGAGCACAACAGUUCUUCCCAGAGAGACGGGUCUCAGGCACAGGAGCUUUAGACACAACGGCAUAGAACACGGGCGACGGUCAUCAAGUCAUGUCUCGUGCUAAGGAGUCAGAUGAACUCGUUUUCUUUGUGAAUGGAAAAAAAGUCAUCGAGAGGAAUGCAGACCCUGAAGUUAAUCUGUUGUUUUAUCUGAGAAAAGUCAUCCGACUCACAGGGACAAAGUACGGCUGUGGAGGAGGUGGCUGUGGGGCCUGCACAGUGAUGGUCUCAAGAUAUGACCCCAUCUCCAAAAAGAUCAGUCAUUUCUCUGUUGCUGCCUGCCUGGUUCCCGUCUGCUCUCUCUAUGGGGCUGCUGUCACCACAGUUGAAGGCAUAGGAAGCACCAAGACCAGGAUUCACCCCGUCCAGGAAAGGAUUGCCAAAGGCCAUGGUACCCAGUGCGGGUUCUGCACUCCAGGCAUGGUGAUGAGCAUCUAUGCUCUCCUGAGGAACCAUCCGGAACCCUCCACAGAACAGUUAACAGAAACCUUGGGCGGUAAUUUAUGCCGCUGCACUGGAUACAGACCCAUUGUGGAGAGCAUGAAAAGUUUCAGCCCUAGUUCAUCUUGCUGCCGGAUAAAUGGGAAUGGGAAAUGUUGCUUGGAUGAAGAAAAAAAUGAGCCGGAGAAGAAAACCAGUAUUUACACCAAAUUGUAUGAAAGAGAAGAAUUUCAGCCCUUGGAUCCAACUCAGGAGCUUAUAUUCCCACCUGAGCUAAUGAGGAUGGCAGAGGAUCCCCAAAAGAGAGCUCUGACUUUUUGUGGAGAGAGGACUACCUGGAUUGCCCCAGGAACCCUAAAAGACCUCCUGGAGCUGAAAAUGAAAUACCCCAGUGCUCCACUCGUGAUGGGCAACACAUCCCUCGGGCUUGAUAUGAAGUUCAAAGAAGUUUCCUACCCAAUUAUCAUCUCUCCUGCCAGGGUCUUGGAAUUACACAUCGUGACCAAUACAAAGGAAGGGCUGACACUGGGCUCUGGCCUCAGCCUGACCCAGGUAAAGGACAUCUUGGCGGAUGUGGUCUCCAGGCUCCCCAAGGAGAGGACACAGAUGUACCGUGCUCUCCUGAAGCAUCUGAAGACCCUGGCUGGGCAGCAGAUCAGGAACAUGGCUUCCUUAGGUGGUCAUAUUAUCAGCAGACUGCCGACCUCUGACCUCAACCCUAUUUUGGGUGUAGGCAAAUGCAUCCUCAAUGUUGCGUCAACAGAAGGAGCCCAGCAAAUCCCUCUGGAUGAUCGCUUUCUUGCCGGACUACCAGAUGCAAGCCUGAAGCCAGACCAAGUGCUCAUCUCUGUUUUCAUGCCCCUCUCUGGGAAGUGGGAGUUUGUGUCAGCUUUCCGACAGGCCCCACGUCAGCAAAAUGCCCUUGCGACAGUGAACGCCGGAAUGAGAGUUGUUUUCAACGAGGACACAGGAGGCACCAUUGCGGACUUGAGCAUCUUAUACGGAGGCGUCGGUGCGACCACAGUCGGCGCAAAUAAAUCCUGCCGGCGGCUGAUCGGAAGGUGUUGGGAUGAAGGGAUGUUGAAUGAAGCUUGCCGGUUGGUUCUGGAAGAAGUCUCCCUGCCAGCAUCAGCCCCUGGAGGGAUGGUGGACUACCGACGGACACUGACCAUCAGCUUCCUCUUCAAAUUUUACUUAGACGUGUUGCAGCAGUUAAAGAUGAGGGAUCCCCGUGGAUACCCUGACAUCUCCAAGAAACUCUUACAAGUUCUGGAAGACUUUCCUUUGACCAUGCCACAGGGGAUGCAGUCAUUUAAGGGUGUAGACCCCCAGCAGCCCCUGCAAGACCCAGUCGGGCGUCCCAUCAUGCAUCAGUCUGGCAUUAAACACGCCACAGGGGAGGCAGUAUUUUGUGAUGAUGUGUCUGCCUUGGCAGAAGAACUCUUCCUGGCCGUGGUAACCAGCAACAGGCCACAUGCUAGAAUCAUUUCCCUCGACGCCUCUGAGGCCUUGGCAUCCCCUGGUGUGGUUGAUGUGAUAACAGCUCAGGAUGUUCCUGGUGACAAUGGCAGAGAAGAAGAAAGCCUAUAUGCACAGGAUGAGGUGAUUUGCGUGGGUCAGAUCGUUUGUGCUGUGGCUGCUGAUACUUACGCUCAUGCCAAGCAAGCCACAAAAAAAGUGAAGAUUGUCUAUGAAGACGUGGAGCCCAUGAUCGUGACAGUUCAGGACGCACUGCAGUAUGAAUCAUUCAUCGGACCUGAAAAAAAACUGGAGAGAGGAAAUGUUCAGUCAGCAUUUCAAUGUGUUGAUCAAGUCCUCGAAGGGGAAGUGCACUUUGGAGGCCAGGAACAUUUUUACAUGGAGACCCAGAGCGUACGUGUGGUACCCAAGGCAGAGGAUAAAGCGAUGGAUAUAUAUGUGUCAAGCCAGGAUGCAGCAUUUGCGCAGGAAAUGGUGGCUUGCACCUUGGGCAUCCCGAAGAAUAGAAUCAACUGCCAUGUGAAGAGGGUUGGUGGAGCCUUUGGAGGGAAAGCAAGCAAGCCUGGGCUCCUGGCGGCCGUGGCAGCUGUGGCCGCACAUAAGACUGGCUGCCCAAUCCGUUUUAUUCUAGAGCGUGGGGAUGACAUGUUGAUAACCGGGGGACGUCACCCACUGCUAGGGAAGUACAAGAUUGGCUUCAUGAAUGAUGGGAAAAUCAAGGCAGCAGAUGUCCAAUUUUACAUCAACGGCGGCUGCACACCAGAUGAUUCUGAGCUGGUGAUAGAAUACUCUUUGCUCAAACUGGAAAAUGCUUAUAAGAUCCCCAACCUCCGGGUCCGAGGCCAAGUCUGCAAGACCAACUUGCCAUCCAAUACAGCCUUCCGGGGAUUCGGCUUUCCCCAGGGGGCGUUUGUAACAGAAACCUGGGUGUCAGCAGUGGCAGCCAAAUGCCACUUGCCACCAGAGAAGGUUCGUGAGUUAAACAUGUACAAAACGAUUGAUAGGACAAUUCACAAGCAAGAAUUUGACCCAGAGAAUCUGAUAAAGUGCUGGGAGACUUGUAUGGAAAAUUCUUCCUACUACAGCAGGAAAAGGGCUGUGGAGGAAUUUAACCAGCAGAGCUUUUGGAAGAAGAGAGGAAUCGCCAUCAUCCCCAUGAAGUUCUCAGUUGGAUUUCCAAGGACAUUUUAUAAUCAGGCUGCCGCUUUGGUCCAAAUCUACACGGAUGGGUCUGUAUUGGUUGCUCAUGGUGGUGCUGAACUGGGACAAGGCGUUAACACCAAAAUGAUACAGGUGGCCAGCCGUGAAUUAAAGAUACCGAUGUCUUACAUACACCUGGACGAAAUGAACACUGUGACCGUCCCCAACACAAUUGCCACCGGAGGCUCCACUGGAGCCGAUGUCAACGGCAGAGCUGUUCAGAAUGCCUGCCAGAUCCUCAGGAAGCGCCUGGAACCCAUCAUCAGCCAGAACCCUAAUGGUACCUGGGAAGAGUGGGUUAAUGAAGCUUUUACUCAAAGCAUUAGCCUCUCUGCCACGGGAUACUUUAGGGGCUACCAAGCCGACAUGGACUGGGAGAAAGGAGAGGGUGACAUUUUUCCCUAUUUUGUUUUUGGAGCCGCCUGUUCUGAGGUUGAAAUCGAUUGUCUGACCGGCGCUCACAAGAACAUCAGGACUGACAUUGUUAUGGAUGGAUCUUUCAGUAUAAACCCUGCUCUGGACAUAGGCCAGAUUGAAGGCGCCUUUGUUCAAGGUCUUGGACUUUACACUCUAGAGGAGCUGAAAUAUUCCCCUGAAGGAGUCCUAUAUACCCGUGGUCCGAGUCAGUACAAAAUACCUUCAGUUACCGAUAUCCCCGAAGAAUUCCAUGUGUCCCUGCUGACACCAACCCAAAAUCCAAAAGCCAUCUACUCUUCUAAGGGCCUCGGUGAGGCUGGAUUGUUUCUGGGCUCUUCUGUGUUCUUUGCUAUUGUUGAUGCUGUGGCUGCAGCUCGAAAGGAGAGAGGCUUGCCCCCACUGUGGGCGAUGAACAGCCCGGCCACAGCGGAGCUGAUUCGAAUGGCCUGCGAGGAUCAGUUUACGGACCUGGUUCCACACGAGGAUUCUAAAUGCUGUAAGCCAUGGUCCAUCCCAGUUGCCUAAUGCCUGGGGUUCAAGCACAAAAGCAGAUAUUCAGAUGGAUUUAAAGCUUCAGCAGGUUACUAGUAUAAACAUCUGUGUCUAAAAUACAUAGAAAAUUGGGGGCAAUUCUUAAAUUUUCAUAUUUACAAAAUACCUUGUAAUCUUUGAUCACUCACGCGCACUAUAAGCAAUGAUGUUUGUGGAGCUCCAGCCAAAGAUGAUGCUUAAUUCGAUAUAAUAAAGAGCACUUUCCACUGUGUGAAGAAUUUCUAUGCUGAGUGUACAGAGAAAAUGAAUGUCUAGUCUAGGCAUAUGUUCCUGGAAAAAAAAAAAAACAGAGAAAUAAGCAGGAUUCUGUGGCUGUUUUCCUACAGUUUCUGAAGUUCCUGACUUAAGAUGUGUAAACCGACUUCGUCUUAUUUAUCACUCUGGAUUAAAUGUAGAGUUUAGGAACUGACAGUCUCUGGUGACUAUGAAAUGAGUGCUCACUUAUUUAAUGCACAAGUUUGUUGGAAAAUCAUUUGAUUUUUUUUCUAAGGCUCUCAGUUACCAAAGAUUCAAUGAGAUGCUACAUAUGGUGGCGUUGCCUCCAAGAUGAGCCACGGGAGGAGAAUUUGAGGGCACUGUGGAAGCAGCUUUGGGAUGCCAAAGCUGUGGUGGCAUCUGGCUUCCCCAAAACAAAUCUGUGUUGAGGUGAAAGGCCCAAAUAACUGCAAUCAGUGUGUCCCUGAGUUAAGUUCGGAGGGCAUGAGCACUUCAUAUUUUGAUAUUUAGAGCCUAUUUAAAAUUGUCCAGUCUGGAAUAUUCUAGCAUGUGAAUAACCCACAGUUUUUAUUGUUACAAAAGUUUUGUUGGUUGUGACUUUCAAUGGGCUGAUUUUAUACAUGGCAUUCUCUUAAGGACAACCCAAUAAGUCCUGAGUCCCACUCAUUCCUCCUCUCCAUUUUGGGAUGCCUCUCCUUCCUACAUCCACCACUUACAACACACGGACAGCUUGUGUGAGGGCCAAGUGAACAGACAGAAGGAUGGCAGACAGUUCAUACACUACAUGCUCUCAGAACUUCCUGUUAGAAACUCAGUAAUUAAAAACCGCAUGGCCAUAACAGGACCACAUCACUUCCCAGUUAAAAAGCAUUUCACAUCUUCCACUCCCUUGGAGUCUCAAACCACACCCGAACGUUUGCCUCAGUAUUCUUAAUCUCGAUCUGUAAUUUGUAUUGACCCAUUAAUUACAGUUGUCCAUUUCUUGAAGGACGGCACUGUGCCUGUAUUUCACGAGCAUUCCACAGCUAGACAAACCUUGCAGAAGUAAAUACUAUCCAGCUGAUGGCCAAGAAGUUAAGAGCUCCCAGGACAAAAGCAUCAACAUUUGAUGACAGAAGAGCUCUUAGACAGGAAGGACUAGGAAAGUGAGUUCCAGGAAGGGCUUCUAUAAGAGCCCAGGUGUGGUGGUUUGAAUGAAAAUGCUCCCCAUAGGCACUAUUAGGAGUGUGUAGAGGGGCUACAGAUCCGAUAGAUAUCCUGGUGGUCAGAAGCCAAGGAAUACCUAUAGCUCUUAAGGGAAAGGUAUCUAACGGAAGUGUUACAGCUCUGUUCCAGUGGGGGGACUGUUUCUCCAGCAACGUGUUACAGUCCUUCCUCUGGCAAAGGUUUCCCUAACGCAAGUGUAACAACUCUGCUCCAGCAGGGGAGGGCUUCCCCAGUCAGGUGGUUAUAGUUCUGCUCUGCUUUGAGAAAUGUUACAGCUCGGCUCAGCUCCCCCUGAGUGUAACAACUCUGCUCCAGCAAGGGAAAGUUUCCCCAGCCAAAGUGUUAGAGUUCUGCUCUGCUAAGGGAAAGUUUUCCAGCCUAAGUGUAGCAGCUCUCUCUGCUCCACUUCAUCAAAAUGUUACAGAUCUGCUUUCUUCUGGCAAAAGUUGUUACAGCUCUGCUCCACUCCACUCUGGGAAAAGAAAGUUGUUGGAACCAACCUCACUUAAAAGAUUUAUUGGGAGGGAGGAAUCCAGGAGAGUGGCUGCCUCUGCCAGGGUGAAAAAGGCAUCUCCAAACAACAGGUAUAUAGGGUUUCUUAGGGGCUGAGCUUUCCAGAGUAAAGAUUUUCAGGGUGGAGAUUGGUAGGAUCUCAAGUCCUGAGCUUGGAACAAGCUCAGAGAUUGGUUGAAUUUCAUGCUCAGGGAUUGGUUGAUUUUCAUGUUCUGGGAUUGGUUGGAUUUCAAGUCCUGAGUUGGUUAGGGGCGGGGUGUGUUUCCUUGGCUCUGGUCUCAGGGCCAGGGUGUUCUUUCACUGGCCCUUUGUAUCCUACAGUGUGGCCAUGUUGGAGGAGGUGUGGCCUUGUUGGAGGAAGUGUGUCUCUGAAGGUGGGCUUUGAGGUUUCAGAUGCUCAAGCCAGGGCCAGUGUCACUCUCUCUACCCACUUACCUUCAGAUCUGGAUGUAGAGCUCUCAACUACUUCUCCAGCACCAUGUCUGCCCGCAUACCGCCUUGCUUCCCGCCAUGAUGACAAUGGACUAAACCUCUGACACUGUAAGCUAGCCCCCAAUUAAUUGUUUUCCUUUAUAAGAGCUGCUGUGGUCAUGAUGUCUCUUCAUAGCAAUAAAACCCUAAGACUCCAGGAAAAGAAUACACCAGGAAAUAUUCAAGCGUUAUCUAAACAUUAGCCCUUCACUUACAUGUCUUACACACUGUCUUGCAUAUACAUGACUUCAUUUACACAUCUUACAUACAUACAGUCCUGCAUAUACAUGCCUUCAUUAUUUUUAAAGAUUUAUUUUAACUGUGUGUGUGGUGGGGAAUGUGUGCAUAUGAGCCAGGUAGCCAUGGAGGCCUGAGAUAUCAAAUCCCCCUGAAGCUAGAAUUACAAAUCAAUAUGGGCUCCCUGAAGCAGAUGCUUGGAAGGGAACUUGGGUUCUCUGCAAAUGUCUUCAUGCUUUGUAAUGGCCAUAUUACUUUUCAUGUUAUCUAUACAGGGCACUGAACAAAUCUUCCCAUUCCAGUGUGUUUGUCCACUGCUGAUUUGAUAAUACCUAAGUACAAUUCUCUGGGGAUAAAGUUGGACAUUAUGGCUCUUAAUCCUACUUUCAUUUGAACUUUCUCACGUCUUAAUCACAAUUAUUAGGUAUUUGUAUACUCAGAUGUGCAAAGAAAAUAUUGGCCUUGUUAA